AUGGCCACCUUUACCUCGAAACCUGACGUGGAAAAGGCCGAGAUGGUGGAAAACGCAGUUGAGGAUGAAGUCAAGCCUCUUGGUGAUCUCGCCGAGGGCUAUGUUGUCGACAAUACCGAGCUCGCGGAUCGCCAAUUGAAGCUUGCGGCCGACGGCCACACAGUGCUGAUUCCUCAGCCGAGUGAUGACCCAGACGAUCCAUUAAACUGGACCAAGGUCAAAAAACAUCUGUUCUUGUACAUCAUUGCCUGUGCUGCAUUCCUUCCAGACUACGGAAGUUCCAUCGGUGCGGUUACAUUGCUUCCACAAGCUCAGAUAUGGGGACUGAGUCCGGAUACAGUCAACCACUCCGCCGUUGGCAACGUUUUCAUGCUCGGGGCAGGAGGCGUGCUGGUGGUUAUGCUCGCUUCAUAUUUCGGCCGUUUACCUGUACUCUUCUGGUUUCUCAUUCUUGCUCUUGCAACGGCGAUUUGGUGCGCUGCCGCGCAGUCAUUCGAAUCGUUCAUGGCGGCCAGGAUUCUGAGCGGAUUCUUCUCGACAGUUGCGCAAGGGGGUGGACUCAUGUUCAUUAGCGAUCUUUUCUUUUUCCACGAAAGAGUCCGGAAAAUCAAUAUUUGGUCUGCAUUCAUCAUCCUUGCGCCAUUCUUAGGACCUCUGAUAACAGCGUUCAUGCUCACCACUCAACCUUGGCAAGCGCCCUUCUGGUUCUAUGUCGCUAUUACCGGCUUGUGCCUCGUCAUGACCAUCAUUUUCAUGGAUGAGACAUACUACGACCGAAGACUGCCAAAGGAUUGCCAGCCACCAAAGCGGUCUCGACUUCUACGGCUUGUGGGUGUCGAACAAUUCCACUCGCGCCACCUGCGAAACACAUGGAAGCAAGCGAUCAUGCGAUCCAUUAGGGUCGUCCUCAAGCCUACUGUCAUGAUAUCUGUCGUUUACUACUUACUCAUCUUUUCCUGGUCUGUCGGUAUCAACACCACGCUCAGCAUCUUCCUCCAGCCGCUUUACGGAUUUGGUUACAAGGAGAUUGGCUUGUUUUACUUUACUCCCAUUGUUGCCGGCUUACUGGGAGAAAUCUCAGGUCACUGGCUCCACGAUAUCCUUGCCAAACGUUAUAUCAGAACCCAUCACGGACAUUUUGAACCCGAGGUUCGACUUCGAGCUAUCUAUAUGUCCACCCCUUUCUUGGUCACAGGCCUUGUCGUCUUGGGCUUCUCCCUGGAGAGGGGAUGGCACUAUAUGUGUACAUCGAUCGGUUGGGGAUUCUACGUUUUUGGCAUCAUGGUCACAACAGUUGCUAUCAACGCAUACAACCUUGAUUCCUACCCAGAAGGUUCUGGAGAAGUCGCCGCCUGGGUGAAUUUCGCCCGUACAACUGGAGGGUUUAUUAUCUCCUACUUCCAGGUCAAAUGGGCCAAUGCCUCUGGCACCAUCGUCAGCUUCGGUGUUCAAGGUGCCGUUUGCUUUGCAGCAUUCGCUCUUGUGGUCUUCUUACAAAUUUAUGGCAAAAAGUUGAGGAUGUCAAGUGGGCCACUUCACUUCCAUACCACUUAA